AUGGCUGGGAACUUCACCGAUUUCGGUGACUUGGUGUUGAUUAUCGGGGACUUUCACGUUCCGCAGAGGGCAGUGGACCUUCCCCCCUGCUUCAGGGAGCUGCUGCACACUGACAAGAUCCGCCACGUCUUGUGCACUGGAAACGUCGGAAAUGGUCUUAUUCUCGACUUCCUGAGGGGCAUUGCUGGAUCUGUCCACAUAGUGAAGGGCGAUAUGGACGAAGGCCUUGACUUCCCGGAGUACAAAAUACUGCAGUUUGGGGAAUUCAAAGUGGCGUUGCUGCACGGCCACCAAGUCGUGCCCUGGGGCGACGCAGACGCGCUGCUGCAGUGGCAGCGGCGGCUGGACUGCGACAUAAUUGUUUCAGGCCACACGCACAGUAACUCUGUGCGGGAAGUCGAGGGGUGUUUCUUCAUUAACCCGGGCUCUGCCACUGGCGCUUACCAGCCGUGGGCCCCCUCGCCCACCCCGAGCUUCAUGCUCAUGGCGCUGCAGGGGGCCUCUGUGGUGCUGUACAUCUACGAAGAACGAGACGGAAAGGCAGAAGUGGUGAUGAGUGAAUUCACAAAGCCUGCGAAGAAGUGA